CUUUGGAAUCUAAGAAAUUUCUUCUCUUCUCUUUUUUUUUUUUUUCAUUUUCCAUUUUUGAUGGAUGUGGAAUCUUUACUUAUUUUAUAGGUAACCAACCUUGACUGUUUUUACAUGUAACCAACUAGUUUGUUUGUCGUUGGUAUUCUUCGAGGUUUCUGUCUAUAAAUGGCUACAACACUCCACUCUGUUUCUCACUUUGGAUUUAGGCCACUGUGAGAGUUUUGGUGGGUUGAUCUUUAAUUUCUACUGAAGAUCAAAGAAACCCAGAAAUGGAUUACCAUGAUGAUGAUGCAUAUGCUAAACUUUUAAGGAGAGUGAACUCUCCAAGAGUUGUGGUUGACAAUGAUGCCUGUGAGCAUGCAACAGUCAUUCAGGUGGAUACUGUCAAAAGGCAAGGUGCUCUACUUGAAGUUGUUCAAGUUCUCACAGACCUAAACCUUGUAAUGACAAAAGCAUACAUGUCUUCUGAUGGAGUGUGGUUCAUGAACGUGUUUUAUGUGACUGAUGACCAUGGAAACAAAAUCAGAGAUGAAGACAUCGUCAAUUGCAUAGAGAAGGCUCUUGAGACUGAUGCUUGCAUGGUUAAGUCAACGGGGAAGAUGCUGCCUUCUAAAGAGCACACAUUAAUAGAACUGACCGGCACUGACCGGCCUGGUUUGUUGUCAGAAGUAUGUGCCGUGCUGACCGACCUGAGGUGCAAUGUUGUCAAUGCGGAGAUUUGGGCACACAAUGGUAGAGCAGCAGCAGUCAUUCACAUUGCAGACCAGUCAACUGGAACUGCAAUCGAAGACCCAAGGAAGCUUUCCUUGAUAAAGGAACUUCUUUAUAAUGUCCUAAAAGGUCAUGGCGAUUUUAGGACACCAAUAGUUUCCAUUUCUUCCCCUGGGGAAAUACAUAUAGGGAGAAGGUUGCACCAGAUGAUGUUUGCUGCUAGGGACUUUGAAAGGCCUGGCAGCGAGAACGACAACAGUGUAAGGCCCUACGUGACUGUGUUCGACUGUCCUGAUAGAGAUUACACUGUUGUUACAGCAACAUCCAUCGACCGGCCAAAGUUAGUGUUUGAUACCGUGUGCACUCUAACAGACAUGCAGUAUCUGGUGUUCCAUGGCACAGUCAUCACAGAUAGCAAGAAAGCUUAUCAGGAAUACUAUAUCAGACAUGUGGAUGGAUUCCCUACAAGCUCAGAAGCUGAGCGACAACGUGUCAUAGAAUGUAUUCAGGCAGCCAUUGAAAGGCGAGCAUCAGAGGGUCUACCACUAGAGCUAUUCACAGAUGACCAUUUUGGACUUCUCUCUUAUAUUACAAGGAUACUUCGUGAAAACGGUUUGUGGCCCAAAAGUGCAGAAAUCUCGACAAGGAAUGGGAAAGCAAAACAUAGUUAUAUUGUCACAGAUGUGUCUGGUAACCCUGUUGACCCCAAAACUAUCCUUCUGAUUCACCAGCAAAUGGGACAAACCGUGUUACAGGUGAAGGGGAAUUUGAGCAUGCCACCGAAAUUUCGGGAGACACCAAGAAGUUUCCUCUUUGGGGCCCUUUUCAGAUGCCCAAGUUUCCAGAAUUUUGGACUCAACUAAAUCCCACUCGUGAUAUGCUUAUCGUUUGUUAACGUUGCAAAAACGACAGAACAAACUGUUCGACUCCAGUUCAGUGGGACCAUAAGUGACUUGAAGCAAUAGAACACAGCAAAAUACACUUGAAAGCUUAUUGUUAUUUUUCAUGGUUUGUGUACAGCUAGUGUACAGAUUGAAAUUGGUUUGUAAUUGUGAGAGAAAAUGACUACAGAAGGAAGAUCUUUUCUGAAAAGAGGCAAGUAUGUUUUUGCCAUGGUUUUUUUU